UGCCGAGCUAUCGCGAGAGUGCCAACUACAAAGCUCCGCAAUUUGGUCAAGAGCUGAUUAUUGUGGACCCGAAAUUUGGCUGUACAUUGCGCUUGUAUCUCAGUUAGUCGUUAAAGACCUAUCGUCUUUUUAGCAUUUCACAGUCAUUUCAAGUAAUAACUAUGGCGGAAACAGAUCCUAAAUCGGUACAGGACCUCACGGGAGUGGUGCAGACGUUGCUGCAGCAGAUGCAGGACAAAUUCCAGACCAUGUCAGACCAAAUCAUCGGGAGAAUUGAUGAGAUGAGCACGCGCAUCGACGACCUGGAGAAGAACAUCGCUGACCUGAUGACUCAGGCUGGUGUGGAGGAGGUAGAAGGAGAAAACAAGGCCAAAGAAGGCGAGGCCUCUUAGUGAAGGUUGCCAAGUAACAAGGGACUUUCCUCAUGAGCAGUAAACACCCCCCCCCCUCCCCCCAGUGGUGACUGAUCUGAUUGUGUUAUUAUAUAGUUCUUUUUAUACUGAGUCAUAAUAAUGCUGCUUCCUGAUAGUGCAACUUUUGCUUUAACUUUUUGUUCUUUGACACAUUACAAAUAACUUUUUAAAUACACUUAAAGUCCAGCCAAUUCACAUGGGUGAAGUCUUUGUUACUGUAAAAUGAGCACUACCUGUGUGCUAACUAGACAAUAUUCCAAUUUCCACUGAAUUUAUGCUAUUAAAUGGUUUCAUACAAAAACA